UCGGGGAUCGGGCACGGCGUGAAAUCAGCGGAGGGAAACAGACGCAGUUACACGCACAGAGCGGAGAAAGACGGAGUUUUGUCUUCGAACUACACAGACACUGACUUUAUAUACAGUUAAACUGACAGACACGAGGACACGUGAGACUUUAAAGAUGUUGUUUAACACGAGCGACAAACUUUAGCGGCUUGUUUUUCGCUGUCGUGGGUGACGGGGCAGUCUGCUGGAGACGACGGACACAACAUGGAUGUCCGGGGAGCAACGGUGCGCCUGUGAGGGAGAGAGUUCAAGUCGUUUCUGGAGUGAUUUGCUUGUGGUUCGCAGCUGAGGUGGAUUUUAAAGCAGUAACCACGUUAUCCGGCGUUUAAUUGUUGUUGGUGCCCCCCCCCCCCCCCCUUUUUAAAAAGAGAAGCUGUUCCUGUGAAGCGCCUGCGCGUCACUUCCAGAUGUUGAGGCUGUGGAGGAGAGACAUGCCGCUCUCAGAGAGGCUGGGAGAGGACUCUCCUCUGGCCGCAGCCCCCGGUCUCCCGCCUACGGUGGCCCCGACGGGGCCCAACAUUUCAUGGCUCCCCGAAGCCCCGCUGCUGAACACAGAGAAGCCCAUCUUCCUCAUGACUCCUGCAGCACAAGCGGUGUCUGGCUUCUUCGUGUGGACCGCACUCAUCCUCACCUGUCACCAGAUCUACAUGCAUCUCCGUUACUACAGCUCACCUCGGGAGCAGCGUCACAUUGUGAGGAUCCUCUUCAUCGUGCCCAUCUACGCCUUUGACUCCUGGCUCAGCCUCCUCUUCUUCACCAACGACCAGUACUACGUGUACUUUGACACCAUCAGGGACUGCUACGAGGCGUUUGUGAUUUACAACUUCCUCAGUCUGUGUUAUGAGUAUCUCGGAGGAGAGAGCGCCAUCAUGGCUGAGAUCAGAGGGAAACCCAUCGAGUCCAGCUGUUUGUACGGCACCUGCUGCCUGAGGGGGAAGGCCUACUCCAUCGGCUUCCUGCGGUUCUGCAAACAGGCCACGCUGCAGUUCUGCGUGGUCAAACCGCUCAUGGCCAUCAUCACCGUAGUGCUGCAGGCCUACGGCAAAUACAAGGACGGAGACUUCGAUGUUUCCAGCGGUUACUUGUACGUGACCAUCGUCUGCAACGUCUCAGUCAGCUUGUCCCUCUAUGCUCUGUUCCUCUUCUACUUUGCUGGGAGGGAGCUGCUCAGGCCAUACAGCCCCAUGCUCAAGUUCCUCAUGGUCAAGUCGGUCAUCUUUCUCUCCUUCUGGCAGGGCAUGUUGCUGGCCAUCCUGGAAAAGUGCGGCGCCAUCCCUCAGAUUAACGUGCUGGAGGUGUCAGUUGGAGAGGGAACCGUCGCCGCUGGUUACCAGAACUUCAUCAUCUGCAUCGAGAUGUUCUUUGCUGCGCUGGCUCUGCGACACGCGUUCACGUACAGAGUCUACAUGGAAAAGAGUCUGGACUCACAAGGACCUGCUAACCUAACUACGUACGGAGAGUUUGGCCGCCGCGCCCCCAUGAAGAGCAUCUCCAGCAGCCUGAAGGAGACCAUGAACCCGGGCGACAUGGUCCAGGACGCCAUCCACAACUUCUCGCCGGCCUACCAGCAGUACACGCAGCAGCCGAUGGAGCAGGGCGUGCCGCCGCCCGUCUCCCGCUCCCUCAGCGUCGCUGGGGCCCGCGGUGACACAGAGAAGACCCUGCUGCUCAGCUCCGACGACGAAUUUUAACUUCUCAGAAACCAUGGACGGUCCUUUAGUCCUCCUGUGCAGCUGGUUCUCAGAAAUAUGUGACGCACUAUAUAGAGAGUUGUUAGUUUGUUUUGUUUCUUGUUUUUGAGACCAUUUUUUUUAUGAAUGCGAGGACCUGGUUGUGUACAUAUUUGUGUACCCACACCUCCCCCCUGUGAGUGUUUUAUUUUUAUUUGGUUGGAACACUCUGAACUCAUUUAGUGUUUAAACCACAGGGCCAGACAACAAACAGGGGGUGUUUUCAAUGUUUUCUUCAGUCAAACAUGUUUGUUUUUCAGCUUCCUCUCAGACCCCUCCAUGAAAAAUCAUGAAAAGUCUAUUUAGAAUCUUUUUUUUAUUUAAAAUUUAAAAAUGUUAUUUUUAUUGAAGAUUUAAAUAGUUUUUUUUGUCGAACAAUGAAAAUAAUAUUUUAGAUAUUGAUAAGUUGAAAUAUAUAUAUAUGUGUAUAUGUGUGUGUG